AAAAAAAUCUGAAAAGCUAAUAACCUGUUUGAAUGCCCAUAAAUACAGCAAGCCAGCAUUGCCUUAUGUCCAGAUUGAUUUGAUACAAGUCCAGAACAACUCGGUAUCUCGCGUCAAUCGGAAAUGGCCAAAAUCAUCUCGAGUAUUCUUGUCCUAUUUACCUUUUCCGCGAUUGGCAUCAGAACGGCACCGACGUAUCAGCACAUUGGAGCAGCACUGAAUGCCGCAACGUAUCUAGGCCCUGUUGCGUCUAAUGAUGAGGGUUACGUUACCGAUCCUUUCGUAGCCGAUUCUCAAAAUGCUGCCUUCAAUUUAUUUAAACGGCAAUAUAUUUAUUGUGUCCUUAACUUCCCCGUUUGCCUCAUCUCGACAAAUACAUCUCUUAUUGUGGACUCACCUGAAAAAUGGUCCACCCAGCAGAUUCACUUCGUCGAAACUCCGCACACUUUCAAUCACAUUGCUCCCACCCUGACGACUAUUUUGCUUCCCCCUUCUAAUGUUGGUUUGACUAACGUUCCCGCUUUUAUUCAGAUGGUAGAUACUUCUUUGUGAAAUAGGCUACUGAAUUUCAAAGACGUGUAGAACAUACGAGACUCAUUUAACUGUCUUAAUUUAGCCAGUUGUUGCAGUGUGUUUGUUUAUACUUUGUCUAUACAUUCAUUCCUUGCUCGCCUUGCGCUUUGCAACUUCAUGAUGACUUGUAAACGUAUAGACCCCUA